CAACGUAAUGACGUAACCAGGAAGAGUGGCGGGGUGACUUCGCCCCUGUCAGUUUACUUUGUGGAGCUAAUAUUUGUUCACUUUAACUAUUGACAAAAAUGGCCGUGGAGAGUCUGCCCGUCCGGGACGCGUCCUUACAUUUCCGUUUACUGCAGCAGUAUCUGGUUCUUCUGAAGAAAUACCCCAUUCUGACAAAGUCUGUAACGAGUGGGAUCCUCUCAGCUUUAGGAAAUCUUCUGUCUCAGAUUUUGGAGGCAAGAAAAAAGGCCAAAAAUGGAGCUGCUGUCAAAGAGAUUGAUGUGGCUGGAGCCUCACGCUACGCCAUUUAUGGGUUACUUGUUACAGGACCGGUGAGCCAUUUCUUUUACCAGCUGAUGGAGGUGUGGAUGCCCAUCACAGACCCGUACUGUAUAGUCAAACGUCUCCUACUGGACCGGCUUAUUUUUGCUCCUGGCUUUUUGCUCAUUUUCUACUUUGUUAUGACCAUCCUGGAGGCCAAAGGCUGGGCAGAUUUCGAAAAGAAGAUGAGAAGUAGUUACUGGACCGCUCUGAAGAUGAACUGGAAAGUCUGGACUCCCUUCCAGUUCAUAAAUAUCAACUUUGUGCCCGUUCAGUUCAGAGUGCUGUUUGCCAACGUGAUCGCCUUGUUUUGGUAUGCCUACCUCGCAUCUGUGAGAAAAUGAACAUUCCUUCCACGAAAAUGAGCCUGGGGAAAAUGCCUUUGGCGUGUUGGUGAACGCCUGAAAACUGAGAUAGUACCAAUCUGUUAACUGUGCUGCUGUAAACCUGUUACUAAUCUGGUUAAUAAUUUUCACAUAUACUGCUAGAGUUUAUAACAUGCUGCUGUAAUAUUUGAGACACGUGACUGUGUUUGUAAGAAUAACAGAAGAAAUGCAUUUUUACAGAUCACUGCCAGAAGACUUCUUAGUAAACCUUGAUGUACAUGAUCUGGACAGCUCCUUAAAAACAUUUGAAUAAUGUCGGUUUUAAAGUCUCAAUGCUAGUUAUAUUUUUGUUACAUCUUCAGACCUGAAACAGUGCAGCUCCACCCACUGAGCAGAGGGUUUAGGCACAGGAAAUGCGAAGAGGCGUGUAAAUUCACAUCAAAGACUUUUAUUUUUAUUUAAUUUUUUACAAUCUGAUUACAUGGAUUUUCAAAAUAAAAGCAUAACACUGAAUCUUGUGUGUAUGGAAUGGCUUUGUUGUCGGCUAAACAAAACAAAGUUAUUACGGCGGAAUUACACAUUGUGGAAUGAAUCGACCAUUUAUAUUAAAACUACUAAUAAAUAUAAAAAAAAUUAAAAACAUUUAAAAAAAAAAAAAAA